AUGUCCGCCUCCGCCAGAAAUCGAACCGGCACCGUGAGCUCCGGGAGGUCGUCAGCAAGAGGUCGGAGCAAUGAGAUGCAAGACUUUACCAUGUCGCAGCCCAACAUUAUGCGCUAUUUCGAGCCGUGCGCCGCAACGGCGUCCAUGUUCUUGUACGCGCAGGGCUGUUCCAUUGUGUGCUGUCAUCACGAUACCCUUACGAUCGAGAGAAGGUUUUCGAGGCACUCGGACGAAGUCCGAUUACUCGCAGUUGACACCCAGAGCGAAGUUGGAGCUGGGAGGUUGGUAGUCAGCUACGAUGCAGGCCAAACAGCAAUCGUAUGGGAUCUUAUGACGGGUGACGAAGUCGCCCGAUUUGCUUCUUAUGAGCACUUGACCACCGCUGCAUGGAUGCGCAACGGCAACGUCGCGUUUGGCAACACACAAGGCAACAUCAUUCUGUUUGAGCCAACAACGUCAGAACACAUAUCCUCAAGAACAAUUGACCAAAUAGCAGUCACGGCUCUUGCACCGGCCGCAGAUUGCCGGACAUUUGCAAUUGGUUACCAAAAUGGCUCUCUGUUGGUUGCAACUCUGCAGCCACGAUUCACAAUUCUGCACAAUCUGGGAACUUCAAGAGCACCCUCGCCAAUUGUGACACUAAACUGGCACGCCUCAUCGUCUCGCCAAAAGUCGGACAUGUUGGCAACCCAAACUCAUGACGGUGACCUCCGGGUCUGGAGCGUGUCCAAGUCAUACAGCAGCGACGACCCUGCAAAAGUCGUCAGAAUCCUCAAGCGCACCGAUAACUAUCAGACUGGCCCAAACUGGAUGGGCUGGUCGAAGAACGGCCGAAUUAUUCAGUUCUCAGACUCGGAAACACUUUCAUGGGACGUCCGUACCAAGCACGUUACUUGGGACAGCAUCCCAACUCUUGAACACGUCAGAGGUCUGGCAGUUUAUGGCCCUGGUGCCAGUCUAUUCACUCUCGGUGCCAACAACACCGUCCAGCAGUUCGAUCUCAACACACCGUCAAUCAUGGUGGCUAAUGUACAGCACCCAGCCAACCUGUUGCCGCCGUCGCCGCCUGUCUCAAUCGAGGAACAGCAAUCGCAGAAGACGUCGACGACAAUCGCAACCGACUCGGAUGCUACAUCAGGCACAAUCGAGAUGGGCAUUUCCGAGAGCGAUGAGGACCACAUGUCCCCCUUCGACCGCAUCGUUGGUCGGAAGGAGACGAGCAAUGCGCCGGUCAAGAUGGCGCUUGACCCCUACGAUGCCGAUUCCGCCAGCGCGGCGUCUAGCCGCAGCGGACACUCCAUAGGGCUCUCCACCAUAUCCAAGGGAUCAGGUUCCGGAUCACGGACACCCGGCGUCUAUCCUUCGUCAGCUAUUUCGCGAGGAACCGAGAAUACUUACAUCUCUGUUGGAUCGUCGUUGCAAUCUUCCGCUGCACCGUAUCAGGAGCGGGACAUGUAUUCCAUGAGCGGAACUUCCAUGCUGACCGGCACUUCAAUGUCAUCGUAUCGAUCUCGUCGUUCCAGGCCAUCCCGUCUGCGAAAUGAGGUUAUCCCUAGCCCUGUGGACAACAAGGUUACAGAUCUCUUCAAGUACAUCAGAAGCCGAUUGAGCGAUAUUCCCUACAAGCACCCAAUUGCCGCCGACAAUACCCGUCUUACCAAUGAUGAUCUUCGCAAACAAAUGCUGAGCACCAUCUUUGGAUGGAACAAGGGAAUCGAAGACUUGAUUCGAGAAGAGUUGAGCCGGCACCAAGCCGGUGCGCCUGCCCGCAUCCUUCUCCUUCGAUGGCUUGGAGACCUUGAUGCAGAUGUCUUGGCUGCCAGCUCAGCUUCUAUGACGUCGUCCGACUGGAUGUUGUUGGCCCUUAGCGGCAUUGGAGGUCAUGCAUCGCAGCACAAACUCGGUCGAACAUAUGUCCAGAGACUCCUAGAACACGGUGAUAUCCACGCCGCAGUCACCAUCUUGAUCGGCAUGGGAGACCACACCGAUGCCAUUGAGAUCUACGUAUCUCACAAGAAGUAUAUGGAAGCCUUGAUCUUGACUUGUCUUUUCUUCCCGGCCGUGUGGGAACGACAGUCCGCCAUCAUCAAGAAGUGGGGAGAAUGGGCUGUUAUGCAUGGACAGCAGCAGCUCGCCGUUCGAUGCUUCGCUUGCACUGGGGCUGAGUCUGAUGAGCCCUGGACAUCCCCAUCUGCCGCUCAAGUAACUUUCCAGAGUAUCAACCAAAACGUCAACCAAGGCAUCCCAGAGAUCCUCUCCCCACCUCUUUCACCCCCCGGCGUCAAUCGUGGACCUCAGAGAAGCAUCGCCAAGACCUCCGCACUGAAGCUUAUCACCUCUUUCGGUGACCAAGGAGGAAAAUCCAAAUUCUUCUCCCAGAUGGACGGAGGCCAGACGCCAAUCGCUGCUGGCCCUACCCCUAUCGCAGAUUCCGCCGUCUCACCGGGUGGGUUCGAUGUUACGACUGCUUUCAUUCGCCCACCCAACCGCAGCCAGUUUAACACACCAAACUCCGCCAGAUCUGGCACUUCUGCGUUCAGUCGCAAGCGUCUCCCGUCUAUCGGGGAGGUCCCGGGCGACUUGUCGCGAGAGCAGCUCAAGGGCGAAGCCGACGAUAUUAACGCUCGCCGCGCCGCUCACAUGCGCAUGUCCUCCGCCGAGCAAGACAACCUGGCAGCUGGCCUGAACUUGCAGAGAGCCGCCACUGCUAGUCCCAUGAUGAUGCGCGACCAGUACAAGAUGGUCACUAGGACGAGGGACCUCCCUCCCCCAUCUCCUGACGCUAGAAUGAUCAUCAAGAUGGAGGGUAGCCUGCACCAGCGAAACGGCUCUCGCGACCGCAAGCCUAAAGGUCUUGUUCUCGAGCUGGAAGGCCUUGACAACCCCCUAGCCAACGAGACCAUCUCUCCCGAGCAGUCCGUUUCAUCCUCGACUCGUUUCCACUGGCCCUCUCGACGACGAGGCCCCGGUUCUGUCACGAGCUCUGUCAAUUCUCACUCGACCACGGGCAGAAGCUACCGUAGCAAUACUACUGGCGGCGGAAGACAAGACUAUAUUCACAGUUUGGACACUGCACAGCGUGUCCACCAACGGAAGCAGCGUAGCCGCCACGGCAGCCGGGAAGGUCGACGUGACGGGUCCACUGGCCGCGAUCGCGAGAAUAGCCGCAGCCGCAAGGCACCAUCUCGUGAGACGUCGGCGGAUCGUGGCCGCGCUGCCAAUCGUACCUGGCCCAAGCCGAAGCGUUCCCCUACCUCCCCGAUUCCCAUGUCACCUGAGGAUCUUAUUAACUUGAGCACUCCAAAGCUGCUGCCUGAUUUCGUGGAUCCUCCCACGGUGAGAAAGGCGAGCGCUAGCAGGAAGGUCGCCAGUCGUACAUCUAGUCGAGGCAGCCAAGUUCGCCACAAGAGCCCCGAAAGCAGACACCGCCCUCCUGCUCUUGAACUCCGCGGUCGCAGUCAAGACCGCAAGGGAUCUCACAUCAGGUCGCCCUCAUCCCCUCUUCCCCUUUCAGCCAAUAUUGGCCACUACCAGGGGUCCGAAGAUGAAGAGGAUUUCACUAAGGCUGUCAUCGCGCAAGAAAACUUCAGAAACAGGCAUAACAGAAGCACUAGCCACACUGAGGGACGUAAAGGCGUCUCCCCUGAGCUCACAAAAGAGUUCCCCCAGCGCGAUCGAUCUGAAAGCCGCCGUCGUAACACGGCUGAGAACAUAGAGCACACUCGGGAAGUUGUUGCAUCACAGGCCAAGUCGCGUGCCGCAUCAACCGAGCAUGCCGGGGAUCUCAAGGCCAUGAAGGACGAAAGACAACGCAAGAAGGAAGAAGCUGCCCGCGAACUCGAGGAGCGUCGAAAGUCGCUUGCGCAGCGUCCAUCAGCGCCCCCCAUCCCCCACCCCAACCAGAUUCGCGUGGGUGUUGAGCCUCCAGAGAGUUCCAUUGAGCUUCCUCCUCGCAGCCACACUGCCGACUCGCCCCAAGCCCACAGGAGCAUGUACGCCCGCAGCUCCAACGUUCAUAUUGGCCUGCCGGCAACGCCCAAAGCCAUGCGUCUCAUUAUUGAGUCCGACAAGGAGAAGGGCCAGAGCAUUCCGGUGCCCCCAAUCCCAGCCACAUUUGCACAGCGGCAUUCGCCGUUGACAUCGCCUGACCAACUGUCUCCCGAGAAAGGCCAGGAGGGCGAGGGGCUCACGCUCCUCCCGCAAACCACAUAUCAGCCCCCAGUCCGCGGUAUGAUCCCUCGCAGCAUGUCCGCUCCACCAAUCGACGUACCCUCGCCCAAGACCGUUGGUCCCAGUGGACUUGCGCUUUCGAGGGGUCCUUCGAUGAGACGGGGAAAUUCGGGAGAAGUCCGUACCGUUGACCAUCUCUUUCACUCCAGGCGCGCCUCUCAAGAGGACAACGACUACAUGAAUGUGCCGCCACCACCCCCUCCCCCACCAGUGUUAAAGGAGCUGCAGCACCUCGCCAUGCCUCCUCCACCACCACCGGCGCCGCUUCCUUACGCUGUCCAAAAUGGCGCCGGUGCCAUCGGCUCGGGCAUGAUUGAGAUCGUCAUGGACGAUGACGAGCCCGCCCCUGCUGCUGCGCCCAUGGAUAUGGUUGUUCCUGUCAUUCCAGCGCCAGGUCCUCCCGUUUCUAAAGGUCACAGCCGCGGCCGCAGCUUUACCGAGCGUGAGCACAGUCUUGCUGGCCGUAUUUCCAAGGCCACCGACCGCUUCAGAUCCGGAAGCCGCAGCCGCAAGGAUUCUGCUGCCAUGAGACCCAGACAAGAUGAUUACGAGUUCGCGCCUUACGAGAGCGUGCCGAUGCCGGCUGCUUAUGGCCGCGAGACGUUGAGAUCUCCAAUCACAGCACAGAGGCAAAAGACUCUUCCUACUGGCUUGAACGCCGGCGACCUUAUUUAA